GUGAAAAGAUGGCGGCGGCAGGGCCCAGCUAGCCCGAAGCAGCAGCACGGCGAGCGCGACAAACCUCGAUAGCAGGCCCAAGAAAGGGCGGGGAAAUCGAGCCGGGACCCAGCAACAGCCCGUGGGGCGAGAAAGGGAUGGAUUUUCCACAGCACAGUCACCAGGUUCUGGAGCAAUUGAAUCAACAGAGGCACCUCGGGCUGCUCUGCGACUGCACCUUUGUCGUGGACGGCAUCGACUUUAAGGCACACAAGGCGGUGCUGGCCGCGUGCAGCGAGUAUUUCAGGACUUUGUUCCUGGACCAGAAAGAUGUGGUUCACCUGGACAUCAGCAAUGCAGCAGGUCUCGGCCAGGUGUUAGAAUUCAUGUACACGGCCAAGCUGAACCUGACUUCGGUGAAUGUUUUUGACGUACAGGCAGUGGCUGGCUUUCUUCAGAUGCACGAUAUUGUCAGCACCUGUACUACUUUCAUUGAAGGGCUGGAGACGCAGAGCAGUGAUGGAAAGCAGGAGAAAGAACCGGUCACAGAUUGUCCUGAAAAAGAAAAGAAGAACCCAGCUGAUGAAGUGAGGGAGGAAGCAGCAGUGGAGUCAGAAGAUGAUGACACAACAAUGGAGUUUGAAGAUGAUGAAGACAAAGAUUACAAGCCUGGGGACACAGUAAAAGAUGCCAUCUCAAAUAUAUAUGGUAAACGCCGACACCUUCCUGCCAGGAAAAGUACUUCAAGUGAAACCAAAGACUGCAAUACUUCAGAGAAUCCUGAUGAAGAGACAGCAGAAGAUGAGUUCAGGGAAGCAGAUAAAGUGGAAAAUGAUGAUGACACUGAGAUAAAAGAGAAUGGGGAUGUGAUGGCCCACAGCCAAGGAGACAGUCAGACACAUUCUGAGCUCAGUGAGAAGCUAGACGGUGCCUCAGAGUCGGAUGCAACAUUGGAGGAUCAGGAUGGUGCUCACGAUACCAGACGUCGCCGCUUUGGACCAUACAUCGACCGCACAGAAUCCCGUCCUUAUGGAUCAAUAACGCAUAAGUGCAAGGACUGUGGUAAGGAGUUUACACACACGGGAAACUACAAGCGGCACGUCCGCAUCCACACAGGAGAGAAGCCGUUCACCUGCAGGGAGUGCAAUAAAGCAUUCUCCGACCCUGCUGCCUGCAAAGCACAUGAGAAAACACACAGCCCUGUUAAACCUCACGCUUGUGAGGAAUGUGGUAAGAGCUACCGGCUGAUCAGUUUGCUGAACUUGCAUAAGAAGCGACACACAGGUGAGGCCAAGUACACGUGCGAUGACUGCAGGAAGACGUUCACCACCUCUGGCAAUUUGAAACGCCACCAACUGGUUCACAGUGGUGAGAAACCCUACCAGUGCGACUACUGCGAGAGAUCGUUCUCCGACCCCACUGCCAAAAUGCGGCACCUGGAAAUGCAUGACGCUGACAAGGUUCACAAGUGUCCGCACUGCGAGAAACGUUUUAAUCAGCUGGGGAACUUGAAAGCCCACCUGAAGAUUCACAUCGUGGAUGGACCCUUGAAGUGCAGGGAAUGUGGGAAGCAGUUCACCACUUCAGGAAACCUUAAACGUCACCUGAGAAUCCACAGUGGGGAGAAGCCAUACGUCUGCCCACAUUGUCAGCGAGCAUUUUCCGAUCCUGGAGCAUUGCAACGUCAUGUGCGCAUCCAUACAGGUGAGAAGCCUUGUAUCUGCAUCAUAUGUGGAAAAAGCUUCACUCAGGCGAGCUCUCUAAUUGCUCAUAUCCGGCAACACACGGGGGAGAAACCAUACGUCUGUGAUCGCUGUGGGAAAAGGUUUACCCAGUCCAGUCAGUUGGCCAAUCACAUUCGACACCAUGACAACAUCCGACCACACCAGUGUCAUAUCUGUAACAAGGCAUUCGUCAAUGCCGGUGACCUCGCCAAACACGUCAUCAUCCACACCGGUGAAAAGCCCUAUCUCUGUGACACAUGCGGACGGGGCUUUAACCGCGUUGACAAUCUGCGAUCACACGUUAAAACUGUCCAUCAGGGAAAGACCAGCCUUAAAAAACUCAAAACUAAAGAUGAGGAUGAAGAAGAAGAAAGGAAUAUUGUCACUGUUACAACAGACACCAUGGUUACCUUAGCAACUGAGGCACUGGCUGCUACUGCAGUGACCCAGCUGACAGUGGUUCCUGUGGCAACAGCAGUGACUGCAGAUGAGACUGAGGUCCUGAAAGCGGAGAUUACGAAGGCGGUGGAACAGGUUCAGGAAGCAGAUCCAAAUGCACACAUCCUGUAUGCCUGCGAUUCUUGUGGGGAGAAGUUCCUGGAUGCCAACAGCUUGGCACAGCAUGUACGCAUCCACACAGCCCAGGCCCUGGUCAUGUUCCAGGCCGAUACAGACUUUUACCAGCAAUACAGUAAUGGCAGUUGGCAAACAGAGCAUGUCAUCCAACCGGGAGAACUCCUGUUCCGAACACGGGAUGGGACGGAUCUCCCUCCUGCUGUUGCCGAACAGACUCAAGUUGUGAGCUGCCAGAAUCCCUCACAGUGAGGGCAUGAUAAGGCAAGCCAGGUACACUGUGCAAGAUAUGUAGCAUAACAACACAGAAUUGCACUGCUGUUACAUCAACCAUGCUGAAUGCAGCCAUUCAACUGUGACUUGUUCAUUAAAGAAUAGAGAGCUGCAAGACUGACUCGCUAUCUGCUACGCUACUACAUGUCAAGAGACUGUCUGUGCAUUUCUCAAAUCGAAUCACAUUAUAAAACCCAGAAUUAACAUGGGCAACAACAGUGAGAUUCGCAGCUGGAGGACUGUGAUAAAACAAGACGUUCAGGAUGAUUGAAGAUUGAAACUGACAGUGCUUACUGUUCAGCUGGAAAGGAUUGUCCUGUUGCAAAAAUCUCUGAUUAUUCUUCAUAUUGAAUGCACUAGGUCCAGCUCAAUGAGGGUUGGUGGGGUGGGGGGGACUUGAAGUUUCAGCACCCCCUUGGGUUUGAACCCACAAUUGUGAAGCAGAAGUCAACAUUAUGCACUACAUGGGAUCAGUUUAACGUAUUGUGAUUAAUACUAGGUGAGGGUACAUUGUGUUCUAUGAGUGCUAGCCCCACCUGAAUGCCAGUCCCCUUGUUGCUGCACAGAUUGUGCACCGUUCUCAGGCUCAGCCACAUAUAUGCGUAGGACAAGAAGUGGUUCUGUACUGUGGGACAGCCCAACUAAUGGCCCAUUUUAAGAAUAAAAGAAAAUGUGGAGAACACACAAUGGGCAUCAUCUUCAAUAGCCAAUUGUUAAAGGCAUGACCCAGAAGCAAAGCUGUUCAAAAUCAUCCUAAAGCACUUCAAUGAUUGGAUCCAUACUCUGCAAUGCAGAUGUGCCAUUGGCAUAACUUAUUAACGUAAAGAUAGACACUACUCUCAAACAAUUAUCACUGGCCAGUUGUGUCAGAGCUGCAUUGGUGAUGUUUGAAUCUUGCAGUUUAAGGAAGUUCUGAUGUGACCUUCAAAACAAAAUCUUUGCUGCUCUGAAUCUGGAGCCAGUUCAGGGACUGGAAGUUGACACCACCUGGUAUUGGCUUCCAGUGGGCUGUUAAGGGUGAGAGCAAAACUUGUUAUCGACUCAGGGGAACCCCUCACUGCCACCCACCUAUCCCGACCAUCAAACUCCAAACCAGUUCUGAGUCACUGAAACUGGAACAACUACUUUAACGGUACGUUUCAAGCUGUGCUCCAAUGUCAACAUUUUUAGUCAGCAUUGGGGUUUAUAUAUUUGGCAUGUAAACUGCCUGUCCCUUUAAGAGACCUGUCCUUUCCAAGCCACAUGAUUGGUUGCACAGAUGAACUGCCAUCUUUAAUUUUUUUUCCAUCUGUUGCUAUCAAUCAUUGUGGUUUUCACACUGGCUAAAAUUCUCUCACCUUUCCAACACUUGGACUCUCAAACCAUUACUUAUUUAUCAGAAUUUAUGGGAACAUCAUUAGAUUUCAGUAUUUGAGGUUGCCUCAAUUUCAGAAGGUCAUUUCUGCUGUACACCCAGUGUCUCUGUAAUGUCUCUUGGUUUGAACAUUGACUAUGAAGUGGAAAGACUUUGAUGCUUCAUUGAAUUCCCACAGUGAAUUCUGAACAGAGCAGGAAUAUAAAUCAUGGUGCAGGGUUUAUGAGGUCCCAAGUCUUUAAUUUCGUUCCUUAUCCAUUUGCACUCGUUCCUUAUCCACUUGCACUCAUCAAUCAAGCAGAAGAAAAGUUGGGAGGGCUGUGUGUUGGGUCCCACCAUAAAAUUCCUGUACUCAGGAGCUAAGGUCUCUGAAAAGCCUCUCUCAGAAUCUGCAAUGUUGGCUUACCUCAACUAGUCUCAGCCAAAUACACAAUCUCAGUAUGCCUGUCUCUGUUCUGUGUCUCCUCACCAGUCUAAGCAAGACAUAGGAAUUUUCAGAUUCCGUGUGGGUUGCAUGCUUGUGUCUCUGGCAAUUGAAAGGUUGUCAUUGCCUGAACCUGGUGUAAAUGCUGCAAGAAAGAAAGAGAUAUAAAAGCCCCCUAAAGACCUUGAGGUAAUUUCUCUGUUCCUCAUUCACCACACAUCCCCCCUUUCCCAAAGGCCCCAAGAUACAAUGACUCGUGUAAAAUGGUAUAUCAAAUUUAUUUGAAAACUGACAAUUAUUAACUUAAGAUGAAUACACAGUUCUCCACUUACUACCUAUCUUGAGCUUUUCCUCCUUUUGGAAUGGACACUUCUGUUUCUGUAAAUAAUUUUUAAAAGUUUGGAUCAAUUCUAAAAAUAUAUAAUAGAUAAAGUGA